UGCCAGACUAGUGCUCUACUGAAGGACCCCAAGGCCCCAGGCCCAACAUUAGGAAAACUAACCCCUGUGCCCUGAAGCUGCAAGAUGUUCCCUCACCCAACCCCCAUGUCAAAACCCCUCCAGCAGCAUGUAGCACCUCAGGUGUUGCACAAUGUUACCACAAGAUGUUCCAUGUAGAUAACCCUAACGGGCCCCCUAUCACAAGAUGUUCCUUUUAGACAGUCCUACUGGUUAAACUUGAGAACUAGGUUUAAAAACAGGAACUGAAAGGACAGAAUGCAAUUUUAUGGUUUUUCUGAGAACAAAAAGUUGAAAAACAAGUUUACCCCCCUAGGUGACUCAACUGCUGAAUUCAGAGGGACCAAUAGGAAGGCUGUUGCUGUGCUAAGCUAAGACCUAACCCACCUGUUCCAUAUAAAAGAUCUAUACCCCAAAGCCCGGUGUGCCAGCUCAUCGAAGCUCCGGCUGAGGUUUUGCUGUGCACCCGCAGGCGCCUGUGUGAGAAUAAACGCCUCCUGCUUUUUGCAGCCAGUGUCUCGUGUGGUUCAUUCCGGGUUUGGGAUCUGUGGAUAUUUCAUUGUGGAGGUUCCACCGAGAUCCAAGAUCCCGGUUCCAGUUCCGAUCCCGGUCCCUAUCCGGAGGACACCCGACAUCACUGGGAGGUAAGCUGGCCAGCUCAAACUGACUGUCUUGUUGUCCUGUUGGUUAUCUGUUCUUUGUUCCGCGCAGCAUCUGUAAGACUAUAUAAUCCUAGGCAUAGUCAUUUAGUAUUCUGAGUAUUCUGAGGCAGUUCUGUCAUUUAGUAUUCUGAGGCAGCUUGAGAAGAAGUUGACGAACUCGGACUUCUCCCCUGCCACCCUGGGAGACGUCCCAGGGAUCAGAAGGGUCCAUUUCUUUGGGGCCCCCGGUGUUUCCGAGGGUUACACCAUUUUUGUAGGCGACAAAGAAGUACAAACUUCUCCCAGGCCAUCUGAUUUGUUCGGUUUCCACCGAAGCCGCGCAGCGAUCUCACUGUUUGGUUUCGUUUUUGUGUCAUUGUGUCUGUCUCUCUAUUUCCUCUCUGAGAAUAACAUGGGACAAUCACUAACAACCCCUUUGAGCCUAACUCUAGAUCAUUGGCAAGACGUUCAAGAUCGGGCAGACAACCUGUCCGUGACAGUCAAAAAGAAAAAAUGGGUAACACUCUGUACCACGGAGUGGCCAAUAUUGGCCCACCCUCGAAGUUAAAUGGCCCCCAGGAGAGUCCCUCCAUCUCUCUCUCUAAUUUGCAAAGUCAGAGAUUGUCUUUCAGCCGGGGCCGCAUGGCCAUCCAGAUCAUGGCUUUUAACCUUUCAGGACCUCUGCGAAUCCCCUCCUGCAUGGGUGGGAUCCACGCAGUCCGCCGGGAGGAUUCCACCCGGCGGUAUGGCGGAUCUGUCCCGUCCCUGUUCCUCCCGGCCCCUCCACCCCAGGAAGCGAACGGGUCUUCCUGGAGUCGGGCUGCUUGGAAAUGCAGCCCAAGGCGGAUGAUAAAUUCUAUCUAAGGCUGAAUACUGAGACUAGGGAAGCAAUGUUUUCUUCCCCCCCCAUAACCGGCUUGAGUGCAAAUAGAGAUGCCUGCUGGGGAUUUAACAACUUUGACAUCUCGCUUUGACUUUUCUCAAAGCCCUGUCCUCAUUAUUAAAUUAAUGUUAAUUAACUUUAAAGAUGGGAACCAAAUUUUCAGUCACAAAUUUUGACACUCUCAAGGGGACUUUUAAGGAGUUCCCACUCUGCUUUCUUGGGGAAGCCUAGCACUCGAAACAACUGCAAGCAGAGGAUGGACUUUUUGGGAGCUGGCUACUAACAAGUUAAAAAAAAAAAAAAUACCUAAACUAGAGGAACUGAUCCUGUGGGUAAAAGAUAGGAUUAAGGGACUCCCAGCAGCUGCCAGAGCCAUUUAGCUCUGGGGAGUUCCCUGGGUCCUUAUCUACAUCUUAAGGAUCUGUUUACUUAACCUCUGUUUACUUAAAAGAAGAGACACUGAAUGCAGUAAAGCCAGUCACACUGAGACCCUUGAUUUUACACCUAUAGUUGCCCCUACGUGAAAACAUCUGGUCCACUCAUAAAAAAGUCUAUGGUGCCACUGAUAAAAGUCAUAAUUAAAUGAAAGUUCAAAACCUGGAGAGAUAUUUUCUUAUCUGGUUGUCUAAUUGUUUCUUAGAGAUAAUCUAGGUUAAAUGUGUGUCUAAAAAAAAUAAUAAUAAUAAUUAUAAUUUUUUAUUGUAACAAUCUGGUAUCUAAAUGGGUUUCUAAAACAUUGCACUAUCUUGCAGUUAAAAGUUGGGUUUAAACAAUUGUUUAGUUUGAUUUCAGAUAGUUCAUGCUAGAAAACUUAAAUACUUGGAAUAAAAAAUUUUAAAAGUUUCAAUUUUGAACUGGGUAGCCUAAAAAAAAAAAAAUUAAAAAUAGAUCCAAAUAUCUUUAAUUCACGUGAUUCAAACGGUUCAAUUUAGAUUGGGUAAACAGAUAAAAGUAAAGAUGUCCUCAAAAUUAAGCUUAUAAGUUUCUCUAGGUGUUCAAAAAGGCCCUAAUAAAAUGUUAACUCUGCUUAAAUUUAAAAGUUUACAAGUAUUGUUUCAAAAUGUGAACAAAAAAAAAUUUAUGUAAUUAUGGUGUUAUUAAUGUGUUCAUAUCUUCCAGGUAUACAAGUCUGUAAGGUAAAAGCUUCAAAAGAACAUUAUAUCAAGCUGGUGUUCUAAAGUUGUAUGGUAAUUUUAGGCUUAAAAAAAAAAUGUUAAAAAUUCGAUUAUAUCAUUUGUGUUCUAUAACUGAACUUGUUAUCAAUAAGAUAUGUACAGUUCCAUGUUACUUUCUACUCUAAGAUACAAUUUAUGUAUUUUUAAGUUAAUAAGAGCCUAAUCUGUGUGAAGGUUUAAUUGCAAAACACAAAAGUACAUUACUACUUUUCUACAAAAAGUUAAAAGCUUUCAGCCUUUAAUUCAUAUUUUAGGUGUGAUAUUAUGUUGUGUUAGCUAAUGUUCAUGUAAACUUGAACAACAAUUUAUGUAAACUUUGUAAAAUGAUCAGCUUCAGAACUAUAGUACUUGAGAUUUAUAAAGAGCCCUGCCUUACUUGAGAUAAGGCUCUGUCCCAUCUCACUACAUGUGAAAAUGGCUAUAAAAAAAGUAAGCCAGAUUUCAGUACAGUUAAAGUUGUGUCCAAAAGUAGGUUUUUGCCAAGAUUACUAGGAUCUCAAACAGGAAAUUAUGAUGUAUAACCUUGCCAGAAUUCAAGGUAGCUAUUAUAUAAGCUAAAUAUGUUUUUACCCUAGUUAGUUUUGUUUUGUAGUUUGCUUAUAGAUGGUUUAAGGAUUGCCUAUUAAUAUUCUAAAGAGGUAUUGCUUUAAGAACACAACCUGGGUCAACAUAAGAUAAAGAGUUAUCACCUACAGGAUAGAGAGAUAGACAUUAAAGCCCAGUGCUCUUAAUAUAAGGCUGUUAACUUAUUUGCUGGAUGUUUAAGAUCAAGUUUUUAAAAUUAGUUAAAUUAAAAGGGCCAAGAAAACCAAUAUUUGGCUCUUGCCCUCUGAGUCAGUCUGAAUCAGGGAAUAGGGGACUUCUCCAAAGGGCUCAGCAACUCUAGGCCACAUAACCUCCUGAGCAGGGAGAUUAAUGAGACCAGUGGAGGACAGAAAGCCAAAUGGUGCAUUUGCUGUAAAGAGGAGGGUCAUUAAAAAAGGGAGACAUCCCUGAUGCUUCUGAGGGAAGCCAUAUGGUCAAACAAGGCCUGGACCCAUCCUAGCGCAAAUGGCACUAGCAGAACUGAAAAACUGCUAUGAAGUUCCCGAGGACUCCCAGGAUAACUCAGCUGACUGUAAACAAUAGGUAGAAACAAAAGUCAGUUUGACUUGCUUCAUCUUAAACACUUAGCAAAGACAGUCAAAGCCAAAGCACAGCUGUUCCUGGACAUCUUAAAUAAUAAUAAUAAUUAAAUGUAACUUCCAUAAAUAAAUAGACUGGAGGCUACAAGAGAGAUUCUUAGACAGAAAUGCCUGAUAACUGUCAAAGGAACUACUAAAAUAGUUUUAGUCUAAGGCUUUUAUUUCUAGACAACACAGGUAGACUUGAUGUUUGCUAAUAUGGUUAUCCAGCCCUAAGUAGCAGAAUUAAAGAUUUCUCUAUUAGACACAGAGGAAAAACAAAAGGCUCUUUUGGAAGCUCGCAAAAAUGUGCCAGGGGACGACGGGCGCCCCACCCAACUCACAAAUUUGAUUAACGAAGCUUUUCCUUUAACCCGGCCAAACUGGGACUAUGCGACUGAAGCAGGUGAGAACCACCUACAUCUCUAUCGCCAGUUACUCAUAGCGGGUCUCCAUGGAGCAGGGGGGGUCUCCAUGGAGCAGGGCGACAGCCCACCAAUUUGGCUCAGGUAAGACAGACUAUCCAGGGGUCAGAGGAAACUCCGACAGCCUUCUUAGAGAAAUUAAAAGAGGCUUAUCGGAGGUUUACUCCCUUUGAUCCUGAUAAUGAGGACCAAAAAAAAAAACAUUUAAUGGGCCUGCCUUCGUCUCCCAGGUAAGUCAGGCGGUAGCCAAUACAUUGGAGAUUAAUUAAAAAUUACAUUAUAGUUAUAGACCCCAAAGUUCAGGACAGGUAAAAAAGAUAAAUAGAACCAUUAAGGAGACUUUAACUAAAUUGACACUUAAAACUGGCACUAGAGACUGGGUACAACUCCUACCUUUAGUCUUGUAUGGGGCCCAAAACACCCCAGGCCCACAUGGACUAACCCCAUUUAAAAUCCUGUACGAUGCCCCACCUCCCGCUAUUAACUUUUAUAAAACUAAAACCUAUGCCUCCCUCACCCCAUCUAUGCAGACUCAUUUGCAUGCUUUGCAAUUGGUCCAGAACGAGGUCUGGAAGCCUCUAGCCGCAGCAUACAAAGAGAAACUUAAAACCCCCUUGCUGCCACAUCCCUUCAAGGUCGGAGAUACCGUCUGGGUACGCAGGCACCAGAGCAGGAACCUCGAACCGCGGUGGAAAGGACCCUACACUAUCCUGCUGACCACUCCUACUGCACUCAAAGUGGACGGCAUCGCUGCUUAGAUCCAUGCUUCCCACGUAAAGACUGCACAUCCACAGGAGUCCGCAGACACCUCUCCGGAUCCAGAAUGGAAGUUGCAACGUACCCAAAAUCCGCUAAAGAUAAGACUCACUCGCUGUUAAUUUUUCUUGCUUUGUGCUGUGUCUUCCCCAUAUCAGUUAACCCCAACCAAUCUGUGAGCCAGACAUGACAAGUAUUAUCGGGGACAAAAAAUAUAAUUUAAAAAAAAAAAAAAAAACAUCCGCAAAAUACCCCCUUUGGGCUUGAUGGCCUACCCUAGGGCCUGAAAACUAAGUCGCAGGCACAAAAAUGUGGGCAACAUAAAAGUUACUAUUGUAAGUCUUGGGGAUAUAAAACUACGGGGGAUGCAUAGUAGAAGCCAAGCUCAUCUUAGGAUUUAAUUCAAAUAAAAAAAAAAAAAAAACAAAACAGGAUCCCCCACUUUCUGCCGACUCUUGCAGGAGCCUGAAAUGGUACGGGGCAGGGCCAUGUACCGCAUUUGCCUGCAACCCCUUAAACAUUACCUUUACUCAGGCAGGCAAAACAUCAAAAAAUUGGAUAAAAAAAAAAAAAAAAAACAAUGGGGCCUAAAAAUAUAUCAUAAAACUGCCUAUGACCCUGGGGUCCUAUUCAAAAUUAGAUUAAUAGUAAAUACCAACCCCCAACCAGUAUGCUGAGCCGUCAGCUAAAAUAAUGCUGGAAUCCGAGCAGAUGGGUCAAUGGAUAUAAAAUUAUAUCCAUGAUAUAAAAAAAAAAGGGGGGAAUGAAGGACCCCAAGGCCCCAGGCCCAACAUUAGGAAAACUAACCCCUGUGCCCUGAAGCUGCAAGAUGUUCCCUCACCCAACCCCCAUGUCAAAACCCCUCCAGCAGCAUGUAGCACCUCAGGUGUUGCACAAUGUUACCACAAGAUGUUCCAUGUAGAUAACCCUAACGGGCCCCCUAUCACAAGAUGUUCCUUUUAGACAGUCCUACUGGUUAAACUUGAGAACUAGGUUUAAAAACAGGAACUGAAAGGACAGAAUGCAAUUUUAUGGUUUUUCUGAGAACAAAAAGUUGAAAAACAAGUUUACCCCCCUAGGUGACUCAACUGCUGAAUUCAGAGGGACCAAUAGGAAGGCUGUUGCUGUGCUAAGCUAAGACCUAACCCACCUGUUCCAUAUAAAAGAUCUAUACCCCAAAGCCCGGUGUGCCAGCUCAUCGAAGCUCCGGCUGAGGUUUUGCUGUGCACCCGCAGGCGCCUGUGUGAGAAUAAACGCCUCCUGCUUUUUGCAGCCAGUGUCUCGUGUGGUUCAUUCCGGGUUUGGGAUCUGUGGAUAUUUCACUACCACUGAACCACAACCCCAGCCCCUCAAAUACUCUCUUUCUGCACUAUUCUCUCUCCUUCCUUCUAGGAAACAUAAAAUGUUUGAUUUAUUUACUGAAUUUCCUUUAAUUUGAUCCCAUAUUGCUCUGUUCUUCAUCAUUUCAUCUCUUUAUACUUCAUUCUGGAUAUUUUCUUCAGUCCCUUCUUUUGAAAUUCCAAUUCUCUCUUCAAACAUGUUUGUUAUGGCAUAUUGCUAGUCAUGUAAUUGUUCAUUUAAGUUAUUGGAUUUUUUAGUUCUAAUGAUUCUGCAGAUUGAUCAUAUUUUGCAAUUCUUCACUGAAUUUUUAAAUCUUUUAUAUUGUUGAAAACUAUGUCAUUAUUUGAAUUAUCUCAAUUUUGUGGUUUUUUUAUUGUCAUUCUAUUUUCAUUCAUGCCAUCUUAUCUCAUUUUUCACAAUUUUCUCAGGAAACUACAUAUAAUUAAUUGUAGAUUUAUUUAUUUCAGUCCUAGAAUGAAUGUGUCUCCCUCCAGAGAAGAAAUUUGUUUUUCUGAAAAAAAUGAUGAAAGCUCUCUGCAAGAAAAAGAUAAAGGUGAUAAUUCUUUCCAAGGGAAUUCUGACAAGGAAAACGUACAUUAUGAAGAUGAUGAAAAUGAGCUUCCACCAUCAAACCUCCAGAAGGAUGAUGGAAACAGCCAGAUGGUGGAUGUCCAUGAGGACCCUGAAGUAAGACAUGACUCCUCUACCUUCCACGUCAACAAUGGGAAUAUAAAAUGGGAUAAGGAAUGCCAAGAUAAAAUUCCUUCAGAAAAAGAAAUGAAAAAGAGCACACAGGAUGAAGCUGUGGGGAGAAGGUUCAAGAUCACAAUGAGUGUCCUGAUAUUAUGUAGAUUCCUUAUGGGAUGAAGUAUAAUAAGACAUGGCUAAUGAAUUCAAUCCUGAGCCAUUGCUGUGUACCCUUUACACCAAUUGAUUUCCACUAUAUCAAAAAUCGGGCCCAAUUCUUUGUCCAGGAUGCUAGUACUGCCUCUGCAUUGAAAGACGUUAACUGCAAAAUUUGUGAUGAGGAAAAUCAAAAGAUAUCUAUCUUUGUCAAUCCCUGUACUGAACCGAAUACCUUGCAGAAUAAAUUCACUCCAGAAAAAAUGGAGAAGCUAAUGCUGACGAUGAACAAACCAUAUGAUGUCUCACAGCAAGCCCUUGAUCUCCAGAAGCUCCGCUUUGACCCAGACUUGAUGGAACAUGACAUUGACAUGAUCCUAAACCGAAGACAGUGUAUGUUUGCUACCCUGCAGAUCAUUGAAAGGAAUUUCCCUGAGCUGUUGUCCUUGAACUUGUGUAACAACAAACUAUACUGGCUGGAUGGCCUGUCUGACAUUGUAGAGAAAGCCCCCCAAGUCAAGAUACUGAACCUCUCCAAAAAUGAGCUGAGGACCUCCAAGGAGUUGGUCAAGCUGAAAGGGAUGAAGCUGGAAGAGCUAUGGCUAGAAGGGAACCCUCUGUGCAGUGACUUCCCAGAGCAGUCUGCUUAUGUAAGUGCUAUCCAGGAUUGUUUCCCCAAUUUGUUAUGCCUGGAUGGCCAGGAGUUACCAGAAUCAAUUGGAAUUGACAAUGAAACACCUGAAAUAAUAAAACCUUGUAAGGAAAGCUAUAAAGGAUGUGAUAAUCUGAAGAGUCUAGUGUUGCAAUUCCUGCUUCAAUAUUACCUUAUUUAUGACUAUGGAGAUCGACAGGGUCUCCUUGAUGCUUACCAUGAUGAGGCCUGCUUCUCCCUGACCAUUCCCUUCAACCCUGAGGACCCAGACCCGAAUAGCUUGGAAGAGUAUUUCAAGGAUAAUAGAAAUAUAAAGAAGCACAAGGACCCCUUUCUGCGGAUGCAGCUGCUAAAGCACACAAAAUGUGACAUUGUGAACUGCCUCAUUGUAUUGCCCAAAACUCAGCAUGAUUUUAACUCCUAUGUGAUAGACCUAUGUGUCCAGACAGACAUGAUGCUCUGUUUUUCUGUCAAUGGGUUGUUCAAGGAAGUGGAAGGAAAGUCUCAGGGUUCUGUUCGUGCCUUCACCCGGACCUUCAUCUUAACUUCUGGCAGCAAUUCCAGUCUGUGCAUCGUGAAUGAUGAGAUGAUUGUGAGGAAUGCCAGCCCCAAAGAGACCCAGAGUGCCUUCUCCAUCCCCAUGCUUACACCCUCCUCCAACUAUGUGCCUGACCUCUACCAGGAGCAGCAGGGAAUAGCACAGCCUUUCUCCACCAAGUUUGAGAUGCAGAGCCUUGAGCGCUCUCAGAAGUGCCUUGAAGACAAGGAGGAGAACUAACCAGAGUUGGUCAGGUCUUCACUGUGUUCCAAGUGAGGUCAAGAAUCCAGAGGAGACCUUGAAUAUCAUUUUCCUUUUAAUCCACAUUAUUGUGUCUCUCUUACUAACUUACGACCAUGCCCAUGGCUGAGGUUGACAGUCUUGUUGUUCAAGAAGCCAAAGUUAACUUGUAGGUCAGGUAAUACAACCAUCCAAAAAGCCAGUUGUUAUGAUUAUUUUUCACCACUGAAGAUGGCUGUUUAUUAUCAUAAUAAAGAGUGAAAUUGCAUGUUGCA